AUGUGGAAGCGGCGCUUGGGCAAUGGCAGAGGGGUGCUGGGAAUACCUCCGACUCUCAAAGUCUCGCGGCGUUUAUGCUGCUGCAAACUUCCUCAGCCGCCCUCGUGGGUCUCCCAGCUGCGCAGUGAUGCCAAGCAGUCCAAGACGGCUGCUUCGUACGACGUGAAGAUAUACGACGAGCUCGCGUGGCGAAGGAUGCGGUUCAGCUUCGACAAGGAGCUCUGGGAUCCGGUGCGGAUGAGCAGCAUUGUGCGUCGCCGGCUGUGUCUUGGCAAAGAAGAGGCGGAGUACACUGUUAUUGGCGAGGUUUUUGCCUUUCCAGACCGUGAGGACGCCCCUGUCGUGAAUGAGCCACAACACACUUGCAGGUUGCUGUGGGACCACAAUAGUCCCUCGGAGAAACUGCUUGUACAGCUUUCGGAACAUUUUCCGCCCUUGCUGUGGCACGCGGUUCGACCCUCCCUUGACUCCUUAAGGCGCAUUUUUAGCGAGUUUCUGGAUGUCGAUGCUCAGCACAUGAAGAAAUAUCUUCCCUACUACGAAUCCGUGCAAAACUCAAUCGAGACGGCUACGAAGGAAAGGCUUAGCGGGACACUCAGCCCUGUUAGCAUCAAAGAUCGCUUUGUCGAGGACAUGCGACGACGUGAUCCGAAGACCAUCGAGUUGGAUUACCCUCAUGAGCAUAACAUAUUCCUUGGAACCUCCCCGCAUUUUCGGCUUGUGGAAGACAAGUUGAUGAAGUCCAAUCCCUUUGUCUUUGGCUGGCCGCUGCUGUUGAGCGACGGCAACAAAUAUCUCGAAGGGACUCCCUUGCGCAUGGCCGCCUUUCGCACCAUUUACUCCAAGUCUUUGCUCAUGUUUCAUACACGACUUGAUCUACAGGUGGAUCACCGCCUGGCAUGCCUUGAAGACGGCGAUGAGGAGGAAAUUUUACUGGAGGUUCCUGUUUUCUGUACCGCUAACUAUCCAGAAAAUACCCGUCUUUCUGGCGGCAAGCCGCUCGUGCAGCGUUUCAACGACGUCAUGGGCACAACAUACCCGCUUGACACCCCCGUUGACGUGCUCGCCGCGCUGGCGAAGGAGAACACCACAAAGGGGGUAAAAGAACUUCUGGAAGAGCUUAAGUUCCUGACGGUGGCAUCCGCGCGAGCCCCUGACGUCGUAGAACGUGUAAUUCGCAUCUCUGAAGAUCAGCUGAGCUCGAAUCGAAUUCUUGGGCAGUUGGCGUACACCAUUAUCUAUCUGGCGCUGCUGAACUAUGAGCGCUUCGUCGAAGAGGUCUUUGAGGUGUACAAGGGGCACAAUAGCGACUUGGUGCGGGUGGCAUGUGCAAAGGGGGCGCACAUUGUGGAGCGCCCGGACCUCAUUAAGCAGCUAGUCGCCGCAGAACCGGAGGGCAGCCGAUGCAAAAAAAUGCUGCAAGCGACCAUGCAUAGCCUACCGGCGAUGGCGAACGCAUAA